AUGGAUGAAAUAACUCCAAAUGAUGACCAUGAAGAAUAUCAGUACCUGAAUUUGGUUAAGCGAAUAAUAAACGAAGGAUCAAAGAAAGAUGAUCGCACCGGUGUUGGCACGUAUUCAAUUUUUGGAACACAAAUGCGAUUUUCUUUGAAAAAUGGUGUAUUUCCAUUAUUAACUACAAAAUCAGUAUUCUGGAAAGGUGUAGUUGAAGAACUUUUAUGGUUCAUCAGUGGAUCAACGAAUGCUCAUAAACUGUCUGAAAAGGGUGUUCGAAUUUGGGAUGCAAACAGCUCAAGAGAAUUUUUAGAUAGUCUUGGAUUUCAGAAUAGGGAAGAAGGUGAUUUAGGUCCAAUUUAUGGAUUCCAAUGGAGACAUUUUGGAGCUCAGUAUACUACUAUGCACGCAGACUAUACCGGGCAAGGUGUAGAUCAACUUCAAAAUGUGAUUGAUACCCUUCGUACUAACCCAAAUGAUCGACGAAUGAUCAUGUCCGCAUGGAAUCCUGUUGAUAUACCGAACAUGGCAUUACCACCUUGUCACUGUCUCGUCCAAUUCUAUGUUAGUAAUGGUGAACUUUCUUGUCAUCUUUAUCAACGCAGUGCUGACAUGGGUCUUGGAGUUCCGUUUAAUAUUGCAUCUUACUCGCUUUUGACGUACAUGAUAGCACACAUAACUAAUUUAAAGCCUGGGGAAUUUGUUCAUACAAUGGGCGAUUGUCACGUGUAUGCAAACCACAUUGAUGCUUUAAAAAUUCAAUGUCAACGUAAGCCUAAACUAUUUCCAACAUUGAAAAUUACAAGAGACGUUAGAGAAAUCGAUGAUUUCAGUGCAUCUGAUUUCGAGUUAAUUGCUUAUAAUCCGCAUCCAAAAAUAGCGAUGAAAAUGGCUGUUUGA